AUGACCCCGCCCCAAAGGCGCACACACGACAACGGCUUGUGCUGUGUGUUGCACUUUACGGCAAGCCCGGCUGAGGCGCGAGGCCAUGGCAGCGGUCUCCAUGGUCACGUCAUUGUGAGUUGGCUGGGCGUCCCUUGGCGCUCCCACUGCUCUGUGACCCCGGCAGCGGCCAUGGCGGCGCUGUGGCGGAAGGCGUUGGACCAUGUGAAGACCAAGGAGUUCCGCGACUAUGUGACCAGCACACACUUUUGGGGUCCCCUGGCCAACUGGGGCCUGCCGCUGGCCGCCUUUCGGGACAUGAAGGCGACCCCAGAGAUCAUCAGCGGCCGCAUGACCACGGCGCUCAUCUUCUACUCACUGGCCUUCAUGCGCUUCGCCCACCGCGUGCAGCCUCGCAACCGGCUGCUCAUGGCGUGUCAUGGCGCCAACGUGAUGGCGCAGAGCGUGCAGGGCAGCCGCCUGCUCAUCCACCGCUACGGCGGCGGCGGCGUUAAGGCGGCUGCGGACACCGUCACCGACACCCGCACCCGCACCAACACCCGCACCAGGGCCGCCACCACCAUGGCCACUGAGUGCUGCAUUUAUGUCAGCUUCGACUAGGUGGCCGCCAGCCCCAACCUGCAGGCCCCGGAAUGAGAUUCGUCGAAUCUUUGCAGCUGGCAAGUGCUGAACUGUUAUUCUUCCUAAAGAUGAAGGAAAAGUUCGGUUUUGACUCUAAAACAGUGCAAAUCUCAUUGAAACCUGCAGUUUGGUUAAUAAAAGUAGCACAGAACUGACA